UUUAUUUUCAUAUGGUGCUAAGGGUUGAACUCAGUGCCUCACACAUGCUAGGCAAGUGCUCUGCCACCAAGCUACAGCCCUGGCCUCCUUCACCAUUUCUUGCUAGUAGCUUCCUCCGUUUCCUAAGGAACACUGUCAAGGCAGUGUGCUAAGAGGAGUGCUGUGGUGUUGGUGGGUGCUGGGACUGUUCAGAAAAGGAGUAACCUAACCUACCCUGAUAACGGGAGAGGGCAUUGAGAAGGACUUCUGGAAAUGAAAAGCAAGCUGACUUUAGAACAACGCCAGACAAGGUGGGAAGGAGGCAGGGCCGCGACUGCCUGUGGUGAUUCUCUUGGGCUGGGGUGGCUGCAGGGACAAGAACCUUGCCAAGUACAGCGCCAUCUACCAUGAAAGGGGCUGCAUCGUGAUCCGAUACACAGCCCCCUGGCACAUGGUUUUCUUCUCAGAGUCCCUGGGCAUCCCUUCACUUCGUUUGUUGGCCCAGAAGCUGCUUGAGCUACUCUUUGAUUAUGAGAUUGAGAGGGAGCCCCUGCUCUUCCACGUCUUCAGCAAUGCUGGCGUCAUGCUUUACCGCUACGUGUUGGAGCUCCUGCAAACCCAUCGGCGCUUCUGCCACCUGCGUGUGGUGGGCACCAUUUUUGACAGUGGUCCUGGUGAUAACAACUUGGUAGGGGCCCUGCGGGCCCUGGCAGUCAUCCUAGAACAUCAGCAUGCUUUGAUGCGCCUAUUGCUCCUGGUGGCUUUCACCCUGGUGGCAGUCUUGUUCCAUAUCCUGCUUGCUCCACUCACUGGCCUCUUCCACACCCGCUUCUAUGAUAAGCUACGGAAUGCAGAAUCCCACUGGCCUGAGCUCUACCUCUACUCGAAGGCAGAUGAGAUUGUCCUGGCCAGGGAUGUGGAACGCAUGGUGGAGGCACGCCUGGCCCACCGGGUCCUGGUACGCUCUGUGGACUUUGUGUCAUCUGCACAUGUCAGCCACCUACGAGACUACCCUACUUACUACACAAGCCUUUGUGUUGACUUCAUGCGCAGUUGUGUCCAGUACUCAGGUCCUACUCCAGAAAUAAAUGCCUGACCUCUCACAA